CAAGGCCGUGCAAAAGAUUGCUCUAGCUUCGUACAAUACUUAAAGAGCCUUCAUGGCCCUCCAAGAACCUCACCAAACAACCAGCUCUACUUCCACUUCCACCUCCACACUCAUUCUCAACUGUCGCUCUCUUCGGCAUCCUCCUUCAAACACAAUCCAAAAUGUACUUCGACAUCAAGUCUAUCUUCCUCCUCGGCCUUGUCGCCGCCGCCACCGCCUCUCCUGUGGCCUACCCCGGCGACGAGGAUGGCUCAGUCUCCCUGCACGCCCGGAUGGCCAAGCCGCAAAAGGUCAAAUGCCCCGACGGAACGGUGUUCGAGGUUGAAGAAGUCACGGCGGGCAACGGGCACUUUAGAGAAGCCGCCAAGAAAGCUUUCGAGCCUUCGUACAAACUGAAGUACCCCGACUAUUUCGGAAACAAGUCGGGCGGCAAGCAAGUGAUCCCAACGGCGUCCCAGAACGACUUGUACGAGUGGCCUAUUUUCAAGGACAAGUCUAACUGGACCAAUGGAAAGCAACCUGGCAAGUACCGCACGGUGCACUCCGAAAAGCCCGUCUAUGAGAAGGACAAGAACGGCCACCCCACCAACAAGAUUGUGUCCAGGAACUGGACCUUCGUUGGUAUCAUGCAGCACGUUGGAGGUCCAUCCAAUGCUUAUGAGGUGUGCAAUGCGGCUUAAAGGCAUCUUCGAAUUUUGCAUUUCUACCUUCCUGCUAUCCUCCUAUAAUCCUCAUUGUAUCCCCUUCUUUCAUUUCUACAUGUAGAUUAGAUACACCAUCUAGCUAGUUUCAAUCAGCCCACACUCGUUUUUCACAAAAGCUUACAGCACCUACUCUUCU